AUGGCACAGUAAGUUAGACCAUCACACACAAGCUCUUGUCACGGCUAACAAAAGAUCAAGAUAAUUAAAGAGUCUCCAUUGUUGAUGUGCACUUUUUUUCUGAUGUGUGACUGUAGUGUCCAGAGGGUGCAGAAGAAGACCAGCACCAUGUCUCUAACCAUCUCCUCUACCUCCUCUGCAUCCUCCACUCGAGAGCUCUCCUCCUGCUCCUCCAGCUCUUCCUCAACCUUAAUUGCUCAGCGGCACUCCAGCCUGGUGCAGCCUCUGUGUGUCAGCCCUCAGACGGUAAUCAAGAGACCUUCUCUUUUUUUUUUAAACAAGAGUAGUAGUUGUAUACCUGGAAAAGGACAAUCCUGCAGGUGAUGAGCGCACAUAUUGUAUUAGCUAAAAGAUGUGCGGCCAAAGCUUGGAUCCAACUCUGCUUAAAAGUGGAUGAAGUUUGAAGCCAACCUUGAACAGGCUGUUUGAGGAAUUUAAUUUUAAAGGACUUUUUUCCUUCCAGACUCAGAGUCCUGUCUACACUCAACAGUACACGGGGAAUGGAGUCGCUCCUUCUUUUGUCAAGGUAAUUCAUACACUGUCAAUACACAGUAAAUAACAUAAAAACAAAUGAUUAUUGACAGUGGUCUUCCUCUUUGUCUGUUCUCACCCAGUGCCUCCAUGAUAUGUCCACGGUGAAGGGUCAGUUAGUGGUCCUGGAGUGCAGACUGAGGGGAACUCCUCCCCUGCAGGUCAUGUGGUACAGAGAGGAAGAACAAAUUCUGGACUCUGAUGAUUUUAGGAUACUGAGAAAGAGUAAGUGUUUGACAGUGGUCUGAAGUCAGAAGAUUCAAACAUGAGCAAUGAAUCUGCCGUCAUAUAAAUUACCCCUUAUCUCUCUCCUUGUUUUCCCAGAGGCCAGCUCCGCGUCAGUCCCAGGUUGGUAGAGAUUUUCAGAGAAGUGGUGAUGUUAAAUCCUGAUCACUGUUUCCCUCCGAGAAGGGAGGAAGUAGAGAAGGAGGCAGGCAUUGUUAGCAUUAGGGCCCACAAACCAAGGAGGGCUAUCAUCAUUUCCUCCUCUAUUUUAACUUCUGAUAUGAAAGGAUCCAAAGUUUAAUACAGAAGGAAACUCAGCAGGGUGAAGAUCUGCUGAGGUUUUUUCCUAAAGGGUUAGAUAAAGAUGAGCAUCAACCAAAAGAGAGCCAACAGAAAAUGUUUUUUUAAGUUAGAACCAAUGUGCUUGAACUCUGAAGGUGAUUAUAGUAUAAGUGCAUCUCUAUCAAGGCAAAUUAGCCAAACAUGGUUCAGGAUUUUAAGGGUAGUCAUUGGGGUGGCUGAUCAGCCAGGCCACCCCCUGGCUCAGCCUCUGCUUCUACACAUCUGUAUGAAGACAAAGCACAAAACAGGUUCAUGUUUUUCUAGGUAGUUACAGGGUAGAAGGGGGAGAAACCACUGCUGAGGUCAGUCAGGUUUCUUGAAUAUAUUAAAAAGGUUGGAAAAAAAUAUCAAUUUGUUAUGACAGAUGGUUUUUCUUGAUGAUUGAAUAUAAAACCAUUAAUGUGGUUGUGUUUGGUAUACUUGCAGCUGCAUAUGAAAGCUGUUCUGUGAUAAUGAAUGCAUGAGAGAGUCUGGAUCCUGGUGGUCCUGUGUGGGAGGAUGUUUUCAUGUAAACUGAAUGAAGGUCGUGUUUUACCCUCUGCAGAGGAGCUGUGUACUCUGGUGAUCACAGAAGCCUUUCCUGAAGACUCUGGCCUCUUUAAGUGUGUGGCCCUCAAUUCCUUUGGCACAGUCUCUUGUUCAGCAGUCUUGGAAGUAUACAACGGUUAGGUGUCAUAUUAUACAUAAUAUUAUCAUCUAUAUAGAUUUCAUUUUAAUACUUUAUUAUAAAUGAUCACUCUCACUUCAAAUGUCACUUGUCUCAUGUUUCGUAGACGUGGAGGAGCAGCUAGAGAUGGAGGCCAUCAGUCAGCAGGAGGCAGCUCCUCUGAGACAGGGAGAGGAGAUUGAGCCCCAAGACGAGACAACCACCUCCUCCAGACUAAGUGCUGAGGACUUCCCCCCUGAGCUGCCUGACUCUAUGACCCUGCCUGCUCCUGAGUGGCCUGACAGCCCUCUCAAUGAUAACCUCCCUGUUGCAAAGUGAGUAGAUUGUAAACCUAUACAAAACUCCUGCUUCAGUAUGACCCAGCAAGCAUCUGUGAACAUAACCAAACCUUGGUGCACAUACACACCCUUAACCUUACAGAUUUAUAAUAUAUAUUUGUCUCUGUAUCAUAUGGAGCGUGUUUGUCCUUCUAUUUGGUGUGAGCAAUAACAGCAUGGCAUACUUACUAUAAAACUGUAAUCUUUUAAGGGGAAAUUUGUCAUUUCCCCCCUUUUUUUUAAAAGUUUGGGGCUGCUGACUAUGAUUUUACGGAAAGUCAAACUCAUUUUCAGAUUAUGAUUUUGGCCUGUAAACAAAGAAACAGUAAAUGUCCUUACUUAUCUCUUUAAUUCACUCAUUCGUUCACUCACUUGAUCACAGGCUAUAUCAUUCACCUUCGUGUUAAAGAGUUGGGGGCUGACAGAUUUUAUUGAAGGGAAUUCCACAGGAUUACACAUGUAUUUAAAAAAUAGAUAUAUAACACUAUUGUAGUUUAUGCUUCUUUCCAGACGAGGUCGCUGCUGUACUGUUGUGGGAAAUUAGUUAUUUUUAAAACUGAAAUUUCCUUCUCUUUUCUCCUGUUUUUCUAAACUUACAAAGUGACAGAGAUUGAUGAUAACACCAGGCUAUUUUUAGAAAAUAGAUCAGACUUUCAAUACGGCCCAUUGGCAGAGUAGUAUACUUACACGCUUCUUGGCAGGUCUUUAAAACACUUUUUUUAGGCUACAAACGGAAUAGAUGUGACUUUUAGACGAUACCGGUAGUCCUCUUUGAAUUCUGAUGGGUCUCGGUCUGUUGUAGCACCAAAAUGAAGCCCAGGCUCACUUUUAGAGCUGUUUUUAUGAUGGUGAUGGUGAACUCGACCCUCGCGUGCCCGAAUCGCUGCAUACCCCUCGUGAGCGCGCGCUGACACCUGUUGCAGUCCUGCCUCUUGCUCCUCAUCGGAGUCUGAGCUCCCUCUCCACCCAGAGAAAGUACUUUUAUUCAGUUUAAACUGUAGUCUUUGUAGACUUCAGGGAUACAGGGAUUUCCUGACGAGGUAAGAACCCCGUUCAUGUCUUUACUGUUUUUACUGCUGGGUUCCAGCAGAACCGAGCUUUACUGCAUCUCUGCUCUGUAGUCAAAGUUUGGACAGGGUCAUUUUCCUCUCCUUUCUAAAUCUUGAAAAAACAGGCAUAAAGUCAACUGUCCUCUUUAAAAGGUCAAACCAUGUUGGAAAAGGAACUUUGAUCUAAUCUGGGCCUUUGCGUGGUCUGGGUUGGACCCCUGUCAAAUAGUUUAAAUGAGAGUACUGUGAAUUAAUCCAGAUUCCCCGUUAACAGUCAUUUAAAAAAUGUUCAGUGUCCUUUCCUCAGGAGCCUUCUGCCAUCUGGGUGUGCUCAGGAGAUAGGAUACACUCCAGGAAAGCAGAAGAAAUGUAUCAAUAAAGCUUGAGGAAACAGCUCCUAACAGCCCACAGUGUGGUACUGGUACUGGUACUGGUAAUGGUACUGGGCACCCUGUCCUUCAGACUUAACCUUUUGGCUACAUUCCCUUCUUUGAAUUCAUGAGCAGGUAUGAAUAUGUCUACAACUUCUACUACCAUUAGCAAGUUGUUAUAUUUCAGUGUUAUGAGUUUUUUGAUUUCCUUGAGGGAACCUGCCCAAAAGUAUAAAUAAAGCUGUAUCUAAUCUAGUUUGAUCUAAUCUAAUCUAAUCUAAUCUCUAGUGUUUUUGCCUUGAGUUGAAUACGGGUUUAAUGGUUCAUCAUGAAACCCAGAGAGUGGUGCGUGAAGUAUGUUUGGGUGAGCACACAGUUAUGUGUCCACUGUGUAUCUGUGUCCAGGGCUAUGAUCUCAUCUGUAAUAUGAAGUGCAGCCAUGGUGUCUGUGUCCUUCAGAAACCCCUCUUCCCCAGUGCUGCAGACCACCACAGUUGUUCAAAAACUGUUGGCAGGGGUCUAGAUUAUGAAAUCCUGUUGAGGUUACUAACUAACUUGAAUCUGAUCUGGCUGCUUUCUUGAUUUGAGUACUAAAUGAUGAUAGAAAAUGGUUACCUGUAUUGUAAGGUGAAAGUUCAGAGCAGUCUACAAUGGAUUUGGAACCAUUUCUUAAACCCAUACAGGCUGCCAUGACAGUUUGACAGACCACACUGUAAAAGGUCAGCGCCUGAAGGAUUUUAAGCUGUUCUCAAGUCUUCAUAUCAUUUACAGAUGUAUUCUUUAAAGGGUACAUCACAUGGAGGUUUGAUGUGCUGUGAAGAACUAAAGCUUAUUAAAUGAACAACCUUGGGCUGACCAGUGCUGCUUUGAAUGGCGCUCCUUAUUAGGGUGGUUAGUUUGCCCACCUUUCUGAUCAAAGGUGAAGCUAUGAGCUGCCAAAUGAAUGAAGAAUUUGAUUCUUGUAGCUACUUCAGUAACCUUCACAAUAAAAACUUAAAACCGCUGUCUUUGACCGGCAUGUGUGACAGUGGGUCUCACAGCAGGUCUUUCAGUGUCUUUAGUCCUGCAGAAACUUGUUAGAAGCUGUUCAGUCUUCCUGCUGUUGUUCUCCUGCGUCACAGUCCUACAGAAGACUAAGCAUAGCUCAAAAUGCCCCUACACACAAUGUCAUGAAGAUCGUGUGUGUGUGUGUGUGUGUGUGUGUGUGUGUGUGUGUGUGUGUGUGUGUGUGUGUGUGUGUGUGUGUGUGUGUGUUUGCGUGUGUAUUAAAGGGGCUUGGUUGCCAGUAGAGUGUCUGCACCUGCCGGCUGUUGUCCGAAUUCCAAGACCAAUAUAGCUUUGCCCACAUAAUGACGCAAACUCCAAACACAUACAAACGCUCUCAUAGAUAUCCAUACACAUAAAAACACACCAGAAGAUGCACACAGAGGAAGCAUGUGAGGUCUAAUGUAGACCUAAUGUAAACUGGUGGUUAUGCAAAUCAGGAUCCCAUUAGAGUUCACCCUAACCUCCAGUGUGAUGCUCCUCAGUCUGUGCCCAGUGACUGUGACUAUUUCCAGCCCUGAAGACCAGCCUGAGAUGGAAACUUACACUUUUGCCACAAUGUUUGGCUGUAGACUGCCAAUAGAUACUUACAGUAUUACCAUGGUAGCAAUGGGCAGUUGUGACAUUAUAGACUGCUUUACAGGGCUUACAGGGUCGUCCCUGGUGUCACUUUUAUUAUUGAGAUUAAAUGACUUUUGUUGGAUGAACCAUCAUAAUUAAAUGAACACAGUCAGGUAAACAGUAAGCUAACUGAGUAAUAACUGAAGCUAAAGGAUCAUUUUAUAAACCAAUGAGUGCCAUCAGCUAACACUUAUUUGACUCUUGAUAUCACUGUUGACGUGCUUUUUCCAGCUAAAUGCAUUAUUCUAUCAUUGAGAAAGGUCACUGGAAAUUUAAGCAUUUCUAUGUUAAAAAUACCAUCAUCUAUUUGCAAUCCAAUUCUGAUUUAAAGACACAGUUUGUGACUCUCAGUUUAGGUCAGCUGAUGCUGACUGGCUAAAACUGACUUCACCCUCCAGAAAGCUGUUCAAUGCAGAGGAGCAGAGAGUAAAGAACUGAGUAAGAAAGAGCAGAAGUAGUGUCUAAUGUUGUCAUUUUGCUCAAACAUAGCCUGGACUGCAUGGUUGUCAUGGUAACAGUAUUCUUUUCGUCAACAAUUCUGAAGAGUAAAACUCAGUGGAGAGAUUAAAUAUUAAAAAUAUUUAGACUGCAGAAGCCAGAAUAACUGUGCUGGGGUGGACUGUGGACAAUGUGCACAGACUGUUUCUUCACAGGCCUAAAUGUGUACCCCUCUGGGACGCUGUGGCUCAGUGGUGGAGUCAGUAAACUCUUAAUCAGAUGGUUGGUAGUUUGGUCCCUGAGCCCCCCUGCAGUCCACAUACUGAAAUGCUUAUGGGCAAGACACUCAACCCGCAUUGCGAGUGAAUGUGGGCACUUUACAUAGCAGCUUCUGCCCUUGUAUUAAAGGGUAAUGCUAUGAGACUAGAGUAGGGCUUUAUCAAUACUCAACAUAUAAGUCUGUUGAAUUGGAUAGAGCCACUAAAGUCUUUGUCACACUCAGUGAUAAAGAGAAAGUCAGGAGCUCUUGAGUUUACCAGGUGUACUAAAACAGAAGUACUGAUGAGGACAGAGUUACUCAACUGUGGCUUUGGGAAGGUCUCAACAUGUGUGAGGUGGGAACUGUUAUAUCUUUAACAUGCUGUGCUACAGCAGCACAAACUGUGGUGCAAUCACUGGUAGCUGCAGAACUGAAGAAGAGGAGCAUUAGACGCAGGUGUGUGUGUUAGUAAAGCAGAGGGACAGAAUGAGCAUGUAACAAGGAUGUGUGUAUGAGUUUAACAAGAGUGAAUGUACUUAACAAGCACAUGAUCACCACACUGUGAUUACAAUGACAUAGUAUUUCUUUAUCAUCACGUUCCAGCAUCCUUGCUCGUCUCUUAUUAUUUGUAACUGUUUCAAAUCUUUGCUAAUACUCUUUUGUCUGUCAGUUUCCCAGAGCCUCAGCUGGACCACCAUUCCUCUGAAGAAUACUUUGGUUACAGUGAGGAGGAAAGGGUCCUGAACUCAGUAAGCCAAAAAGCUCUGGAGGUUACUGUCAGAACCUUUACCCCCAGUCCUCCUCCUCCUUCCCCUACCCCACCAGGAUCACCAACUCAAGCAAAGGAGACCUCCAAAACCCCUAAGCUGUUCACCCCGAGCAAGCUCAAUUUCACUGUAAGAGCAUUUCUACACAUCUCUAACUGUCAGGUGCAUUUUUGUACAUAAAGAAACCGUAACAAAGACAAACAUUAUAACUGGACAAAAUCUAAGUAACCUUUACAACCCAUUGACUACCAUUGAAUCAAGGUAUAUUAUCUGUUUGAGAAUUAACCAAAAAAGUGUCACAAAAGGAAGUCAUGCAUCCCAGUCAGUGUGCAUGUUUUGACCUUUCUUCUUCUUCUUCUUCUUCUUCUUCUUCUUCUUCUUCUUCUUCUUCUUCUUCUUCUUCUUCUUCUUCUUCUUCUUCUCCUGUCUUUCCUCCAGUCCUCCCACACAGGAGGCAACAACAUGAACCUGUCAGAUCUGCCUACCUUCACUCCCAGCACCUUCCCUCCCAGUGCCUUUAACUAUGAGCGACCGAGGCACUUUAUCCAGUCCCAGGCUGCCUUCCAGGCCCCCAGCUAUGAAAGUGUUGUGAGGGAGGCCCAGGAGAACCAAACCAACUCCCAGCAGAAUUUCUGCAGUCCCCUAAACAGUCCAAAUGUUACAGAGACACAGAGUCAAACAAAAAUGCUGUCUGCGCAGAAUCAGUCCUUUUCACAAACUGAGUCCGUCUCAAAGUCCCUGUCACAGACCCAGUCACAGCUUCAGUCAUUAAGCCUCAGUCAGAACCAGGCUCAACCUGCUGUCAAGAUCCAGACUCAGACCCAGGCCAAUGGCACAGCCAAGUCCUCUCCUUCCCCAUCCAGUCUCAGUUCUCCUCUGUCCACCUCGGCCUUUUCUGUCACACCUAAUCUUUCUCCUACUACUCCUUCAACCACUAUCCCUUCCAGCCCCUCUUAUCAAGCCUCCUCAUCCUCUCUCCCCCGCACUACCAUGCGGUCAACCAUCACCCUGACCCCAAGUGUCCCCAGUGCCACUGGCCUUGGCAGUGCCACCCUACCAGCCAACCAGGACAGCAUGUCCGCCCCUGCUGCCUAUCUCUGCUCUGUGCUGCCCUCCGGCUCUUCCUUCUCCCCCUUUCCCUCCUCCAAGCUGUCUCCUAAGUCCAGCCUUCAGCACCCCUCCAUCUCCCCAUCCCACUCCCCCCUCUCCCCCCCCAGCCCUUCUCUCCCUUUGAGGGCCUCCUCUUCUCCUUCCUCCCUCCCCCAGCAGCCUCUGGCAGCGUCCCCAUCCCUCCCUGGCUCCCCUCUUUCUCUGUCCUCUGUCCUGCAAUCCAACACUCCCAACAGUCCCACCAGAGUACAGCCUGCUGUGGUCUCACUGCCCGCCAGCUACAGAGGAACUCCAAACACGUAAGUUAACAUACUCAUCAGCACUCUUAUAACCCAACAAAUGACCUUUUACCUCCAGUAACAAAGCAAUACUCAGAAAAACUAAAGAGUUCAGACUCCCAGGACAGACAGUUCAUCAUACAUGUCAGAUUAGAGAGACCCUCCUCAACAAAGAAGGCACCAAUGUCUUUUUUUUACAGCCCCACCUCGAUAAAUAUCAAUGUAGGUGAUUUAAGUUAUUUAGAUUGAACUUAAAGGUGGGGGAGGCAGGAUCUGAGGAAGUGCCAGUUUUUGGGGAGAAAUCUUGAAUGUAAACUCUAACCCUCCCAACCAGUUUUCCCCUCAGCUUCUCCUCUCCCCUCCCUCUCUACUCCAACAAGUCCUGCCCAAAAACAGAUGCUCCUGCUCACUUGUAUUGUUCCAAUUAAAUUCAGAUAUAAUGCAGAUAAAUACUUGAGAUAAUUACAAAUGGGGCCCAGUCAACGUGAAAGUUAACAGCAUUGGUGCUACUGUAGAUGCCAACAGACUACCAGCAAACACAAUGUUUGCAGGACUUCUACAACUAGGAUAAAGUGACAUAGUCCAGGACCCGAGGUAAAUAGUUUAGCGGAGCUACAGUAGCACAGCAGGUCCCGUUUGACAAGAAACACUUCUGUUACAGACACUUGGCUUACUUUCUUAAAGCAGUGUACCUGUCCAGCAGAAAGGUUACAGGGUCUGUAAGAUCCCGAAGCGUCCCAAUCGUUUUUGCUGAUGUUGACCUGGCUUCUUGGCUCUUGUUUGGUCUACCACAGUUUACCACCCAUUAUUUACCGCCCAUUUUUCCGCUGUCUAUGGUAUUUACUCAGUUUUUUUGCUUGUGUUUUCCGUACUUUCUGGUUGGUUUGGCUCUUUGUUUGGGCUCAUGCAUGUUAUUGGAGGACGUGGAGCGUGCCUCACACCAUGAGAGAGCAAUGUCUGCCUCACAACCAAUCAGGUUGGGGGAGGCGGAGAAUGGCUUUGUUUCCAGUCAGAAGGAGCUGGCCGCUCAAAAAAUUUUAAAUGUUGACUACACAGACAUAACAAAAUACAGCGAUAUCAUGAUAUUCCCAAAUGUCUUUAAUAACUAAUAGCUAUUGACUGAUAUUAAAAGCUUUUUUGUAUAUACACCACAAAAAAAGAUGCCUGUUUAACAGAAUCCUGCCUUCCGCACCUUUGAAACAGACUUGUACGUACAUAUGAACAACAUCUGCAUACACAAAAAUCCUCAAUGUGUUGUUAUGAUUGAUAAACUGGAAAAUUAAAUGAAAUUCGAAAUCCUUUAAGAACCAGUGAGAAUCUACGGUGAAGCCACAAGAUCUAUAGGCACUUAUUGUGGUGUCAUAGUGUAUACUAAGAGACUCCAUCCAAGUAUCCAGCCAUCUAUUUAAGUCUACUCCAUAUGGGGGAAUAAGGCUGAGGCCAAGACCAGCAUGGUUAGUCUCAUGGCUUAUACUGAUGAUCCAGCUGGUCACACUCACUAGCACAGACACUGACAGUCUUCUGUCAAAUCAAACUGUUCAUGGCAGGAUUCCUCUCUUCUCGCACCUCCAGCCUCCCUAAGCCUAUCCUGAAGAAGUCUAUUGCUCCACGGCCUUCUUCUGCCCGCUCCACAGAUGAAGAUAUACAGGGCUCUAAAGAUGCCCUCAUUCAGGACCUGGAGAAGAAGCUGCGCUCGAAGGAAGCAAGAAGACGAAGUAACCAGGUAUGUGUGUAUUUGCUGCUGGUGCUGCUGGUGUGUUGUUGUUGUUCUGUGAGUUCUUGUUUAUGUGUGUGUGUGUGUCCUUGUUGAUGUUUUGGAUGUUCUAUUGUGUGUUUGUUUGCGUGUGUGUCCUGUAAACCGUGUAAAGUGCAGAAAAAGGCACUUUUCCCCACUUGCCCACACAUUUAAGGUUACGUUUGAACCUUAUCGAUAACAUACACACUUUCCACGUGUGUCCAAAAACAGCACUUUAACAGUGUAAAGCUUCAAUUUUGACAGAAGCUGUCCUAUGAGGAGCGUAUGGCUCGUAGGCUGCUGGGUCCAGACAACGCCAACUACAUGUUUGACCAAGACUAUCACACAGACUCGCAACUUGACCAGGUAUGAAAACAGAUUCCAUUUAGACAUGGGAGUUGUUGUUUUCACAAGCUUUCAGUCUUAACAAGUCUAACAGUGUGGGGGGUGAACUGAUGUAUGUUGCAGUGCUGACUGUGUUGUACAGACUUCUAUGUUGAUCUGACCCAAACCUAUUAGUUUUCAUUGUGCCAUGAAAGACCACUCAUUGGUGGAAUCAUUUUGAAUGAGUACAGAGAGAGAACAUUUCCCUCUGAAGGCCUCCCAGUCCGACUGAAAAACCUGGCAGUAAAUCUAACAACCCAGUGAGCGAUGCAGUGCUGUCAUUAUGGCCGGUUUACUCUGAGCAGGUUCUGUGUGUGUGUAUGUGAAUGCUUGUGUUUGUCUAUGAGUGUCUGUGUCUGAUGUGUGCAUGUUUGUGUCUUUUGUCUAUGUGUGUGUGUGUGUCUGUAUUAUAUAUAUGUGUAUGUGUGUGUGUGUGUGUGUGUGUGUGUGUGUGUGUGUUAAGGUUUUUCAGAAAGCUUCUGUUACCCACAGGAGGGCUUGCACCAUCUAUUCUUUCCCUCUCUCUCACAUACACACACAGACAAACACACACACACACACACAGACAAACACAGACAAACACAGACACACACACACUCACACACACACAGACACGUGUCCUCUAUAGCUAGCAAGGUCUGUUAGAGGCUAUUUCUGGCCUACUUUCUGGGAACAAACCCUUUUGACAGAUGACAACAGGAACUUUGUGUCACACACACACACACACACACACACACACACACACACACACACACACACACACACACACACACACACAGGCACAAAUAUCAACACUAACACACAGUUUGUCAAACUGAACUGCUCCCUGCUCUGAGAUUUUUAUAACCUGUCUUUCCCUUUGUUAAUGUUUGCUGUUAUAGCCGGCUCCCCAGGAGGGCAGACACACAGGUGGACUUUGGUAAGUACAUCUUUCCAGUCAGAUGAAGAGUAUUAAACUCUGAGAGGGUUUCCUUUGGAGAUCUUUGGCAAGUCUGACCAGUACUGGUCUACCACCAAAUGAUUUUCACAGUCCCAGACUGAAAACUGAAAGUCUUAAGUAAAUCUAGGAGUUUUACUGGAGUCACAGUGGAGUCACAGUGCGCGAUCGUGAAGUUUAAGAUGGUAAUCUGUACUGUUUUAUAUCAGUCUUUUCCUGGUCUUGGGUUUGCGGUAAUAGCAAACAUGUUUGAUGUUAUUGCAAGCCACAGUGACGAAACACAACAAACAACCAAUAAAUGAGCUCUGAUAAAAGCGGAAAAGGAAACCUAACAGUCAAUACAAGAAUAAGAAUAUAUGAAGUAUUCCUGGCGAUAAAACGUCAAACGUAAAUAAAGUUUUUUUUAUGCGCUACUUUGAACUCAAUAACAAUCAGUAUAUGCGGUGCACACAGGCUGCACCGCAGGGCUCGCUUGCCGAGUAUUAGUUAUAGCGAGUUUCAAGUUGUCAUAUGUGAACACACAGCUGAUUAAUGAGCCCCCCCCUACCAAACACACACUCCCAUAAACACACACACACACACUCUAAACUGUCAAAAGAUGCUAGAAGAAUCUAGUUGUAGUCUUGUAAACAGUGACCCUAUAAGAUUCACAGUCUUUGUAAAGUCUCGGUAUGAGACGAGGCUGAGACUAAAAGCGAAACACUUGUCUUUAGAUGUGAGCAGGUGUGAGCUGAUAGUUUUCCAGGAGUGUUUUCCAAAUCUUCUCAAAGUGCUCUGGUGGAUAGCUGGCCUAAAUGGGCUCAGUCCGUUCAGUAGCAAAGCAGAUCUUCUGGACUUGGAUGGAUUUGAGGUGACUCUAAACGGAGGGUUUAGACUCUAGUACUGUCACAUUAUUAUUCCAACUGUCUGUUUGGGGCAGUCGUACAAUCAGUCAGUCAUGUUGUCUUGAGUGUUUGCUGUCAGGAGUAGACUGUACAGUUCAGAGAGUUAAACUGAGGCUGUGGAUAAAUGAUCAUGCUCUCUGCAGGGGGAGGCACCACACGGGGACAGAUGAGAGGGGAAACGAGGGCUCAGCCAUACAGGAAAAAUGUUAUGCCCCUCGCUUCCUGCAGAUCCCCCCAGACCUCACCGUGGAGGAGGGACGCUUCUGUAGGAUUGACUUCAAGGUGAGUCUUACAUGCAUUAACACCCAUGUCUUUACAGAAAAAAAAACCUUUAUUAAUCAACUUCAGUCUUAGAUAUGAAAAUGUUGUGGUUGUGUUGGUUUGAUUCUCAUAGAAAAUAUAGAAAGAACUUUGUUUUCUUCUCAAACCAGGUGGGAGGCCUGCCCACACCAGAUGUCUGCUGGUAUCUAGAUGGUAAAGCUAUUCGUCCAGAUGACUACCACAAGAUGCUGGUGUGUGAAAAAGGGAUGCACUCGUUCAUCAUAGAGAUUGUGACCGUGCACCACGCAGGUGCGUACGAGUGUGUGGCCAGAAACCGAGCAGGAGAGAGUCGAUUCACCAUGAAGCUGGACGUUUUAGGUGAGAGGUCAUUUCAUCCUGUCUGGGAAGCUGGGAAACUGCUUUUUUUAUCAAAUUGCAGCUCUAAAUAUUCAUCAUGAUUUAGUAUAUCCAUGCCAGUCUUUUUCUUGGGCAGUAACGGAUUUUAACAAUUUUUGUUCAUCCUCGCCUCCUCUCUGUAGCCCAGGAGGUUCUCCGUCCUCCCACGUUUGUCCAAAAGAUGUCCAACUCCAGAGCUCUGGAAGGUGACACUGUCAGGUUAGAGUGUAAAGUGGAUGCCUCCCCUUUACCACAGCUCUUCUGGAAGAAAGACAAGGACAUGCUGCGGAUCGAUCCCAACAGAAUGAGGUACUUUGUUUUAGCUCAACUCUUUCUGAACAGCACUCCCAAUCAUCUGCAGCACACUUAAACAGUCAGUCAAUACAUAUUGAUAUAUAUCUUUAUUUUUGUGCAUAGUUGUUUGUAUUUAAUGAAAUCUGUGCUGUUUUAAAUUGAUUUUACUUUCAUUCUAAUUAAGUUGAAUUGAACUGAAGUGAAUUGAAUAAAAGUGAAGUAAAUUGAAUCAAAUUUAAGUGAGUGAGCGAGCAAGCAAGUGAGGGAGGCAGAGGAGAGACACCCUCUUUCAGAGAACCAAUUGCAGCUUGAGCUUUUCUCACAGAGAUUAGAAUUUUAAUAUUAAAUACUGUCAUUUAAUUAUUUUGAACCACUCAACAGCCCGUUAUGAAGACUGAACUCUCACAUUUGAAACAUCUGAAGGUUGUAACAGAGAGUGAAUAAGUCAAAAAGGUUUGUUAAGACUAGCAUCAGUGUUAUCAGUGGUGCUAAUGCUGCACACACUGAUGUUGUGUUUGUGUUUCUCUCGGCUUUGAUUACCAUCCUUAACUGAGUCCCUCAAAGAUAGCUUCAGAAGAUUGUGAAAAUACAUUGUGCAUGUGUUUUUGUUUUUUUACAAAUAUUGUUUUUAUUUCUUGUUUGAAUGGUCUGGCUGUCAUGUGUUGAUGCAGUGAUGAAAUGCUCAUCAGAAACUCUCUUUCCUCCUCUGUAGUCUGUAUCAGGAUGGUUCAGGACGACAGUGCCUGUUGAUAGAGAGACUGACGAAGUCUGAUGCCGGCUGGUACACUCUCUCUGCCAUCAAUGAAGCAGGAAUGUCCACCUGCAACGCAAGGCUGGAUGUAGGGAGUAAGUCCACUGUGUGUUCAUCUGUCUGUUAGUGUCAGCAACAGAGUAUGGAGCAUGGUGUCCGCUCAUGCUGCAUCCAGCUGUUUCAUCAUCUUUCUUUGACUACAAACAAACGCUCAGUUCUGUGAUGAAGGGGGAACUUGAUGAAUAUGAGGUAUAGAGCUGCUUUGGCUUUUCUAAGGGCUGUUGCAUGAUCACUGAGUCGCAGCGUGAGUAAGGAAUCCACCCCCAGGAGGGAGCUCUCUGAGAACACACAGCUAUUAGAUUUCUGUCUGAUCACAUCACACACCAUCUGCCAGGUGGAGACUGAGCUGAGUGACAGCACUGACAAAGAACACAACCUGUCCUUCUGUUAGACCUGAACUGGACUAAACGGAAAAAAAAAGAGAGUUUCCACUUCCACAAAUACUACUGCUGCUGAGCAGGAACACCGACCAAAACAAGAAAAGAGUUUUCUGAAGAGUUACAGAUUAUAAGUAUUUAUUAUUUCAUUUAGUGUUAUUGGAGCUGCAGACGUAUUUUCUGAUACCUGACAUGAGAGGGGACGUUCAGUCCAACGGAUCCUCCUCCUCCUGCUGCUGUUAUAUUAUCUUACCAAUCACCAUGGCAUAUUAUUCAGGUAUCAUGUUUACACCAGGUGCCCCUUCACCUGUUAUCUUUUAUUGAUUUCAACCUUUUGCAAACCUGUUAAUAUUUUAACCUUUUUGAUUAAAAAGCAUGAUUGAAAAAUACUGAACAUCUUUGAUCACCAAAAUGAGACAACAAUCUUUGUGACUUUAUUUCAAUGUACUCAAAGAUGAAUUAAUGUAUUAUUGCUGCUCUUCAGCAUGGUUUCAGUUUGUGAGCUGACAGUAAAGUUAGCAUUAGUGAUGGUUUCUCAAUUCUGGCUGAAUGCUCUGUUUCUAUUUUGAUUCUGUUUCUUUUGCUUUUCCCUGCUGAGCCGUUCGGCUUCUUUUGGAAACACAGACAUCUGUGACUGAGACACUGGACGUUGACUUGUCAGUCAUAGACAAGUCAGCCUUCUGGUAGUUUUCUUUGUUGAUUAAAGUUUUUCCUUCUCAGGUCAUUUUAAGAGGAUACUGAGUCUGAAUUCAUGUUUUGCCAAAACAAGUACUAAAUAUAAAAGUUGUAGUGAAUUUGACAUGCCUUUGCCAGUUUUCCUGUUCAUACUCUCUGAUUUUCAUAAACCCUUUGAUUUUGUCUUUUCAUUUUCCAACCCCUUCAGUCAGUUAUCAUCUGCCACAUUGACUUACCUGCAAAUAUCAAGCUAAGACUUGUUUUCAGGAGGAGUUUUGCUUCAGGGUGUUCAGCUAACGCCAACUUCCACGGGAUAAUGAACCCGCUCAACUCUAAUCAAAUAACUUCAGAGCUCCUGUUUGACUUACAAUCUGAAGUAUCUGAAGUUAAAGUAGUAUCUUCAUAUUUUAUUAAGGAUUCAGAUACAAUCAAACGAGUCCUUUCAGAAACACUGUUGUCCAUGUCAUAAAAUCAUGAUUGUUUGAGUGUUUUACAGUUCAAAAGUAAACUGGGGGACCCCCACAGUAGCUCAGUACACUUCAGUUUAUAUAACUGCAUUUUCUGUCCCCUGCAGCUCGCUCAGCCCCACCCAUGAAAACAGCCCCCCCUGGUUCAAAGACGCUGAAGCUGCUGUCCUCUCUGAGCCACGUGCCUGCUCUGACAGUGGAGACACCUGCCCAGCACACCGCCCCUCUGUACGAGAGUGAGGAGCUGUAG